AUGCUGAUUGGAGAGGAGUGCUGGAUCCUCAUGGUCUUAACGGCCCCAAAGAAAACGGUAUAUGCAGUAAAUCUCCUCAUCCUGGCUAAUAUCUAUUUCCACCCUCCGACGUGGGAGAAGCGCACCUCGAUGCAUCCUCCGUGGCGACACUGGCACCUGCUGGACGAUGUCCUCGUCCGGAGGCGAGACCAGCGGGACGUGAUGGUGACAAUGACGAUUCCGGGUGCCGACGGGUGGAUCGACCAUUGCCUUGUCACCUUUAAGAUGUUACCCAGAAGACUCUUCUAUGGAGAUGUCACGACGGGUUCACGCCAACAAGGAGGUCAAUUCCGGGGCUACAAAGACACUUUGGAGACUUCCUUGAGGCGCCUGCAGAUUAACCCGACCAACUGGCAAGACCUCGUCCAGGAUCGGCCAGCCUGGGGGAGGACAGUGAAGAAAGCCGCAGCGAUAUACGAAGCCGAUCGCGUAACCGCUGCCAAAGCCAAACGCAAAGCUCGCAAAUCUCACCAGCUUCGGACGCCGCCUCACAACGCCAGCGCCCAAACACCUUCAACGUGCCCACGAUGUCAACGGACAUUCCGUGCGCCAAUUGAAUUUUUUGACAUCUCCAGACUAACCGCACCGACCAUCUUCUCUCCGUCCGCCUCUCAGUCCUGGUAUCACACGCCGUCAGCUAACGUUGAACGCCCUCCCGGACUUCCUCUACCGUCCCCCUCCUCCUCCUCCUCCUCCUCCUCAACGUCUGGCGCUGUGGCGUCUGCCAUGCCCACCAACACUACCCACAAUCCUGACACACUAAUAAAUAUCAACACCACUACUCUCAACACCGGUAAUGAGAACCUGCUCCAUGCCUGUCCUCGUUGCGUUCGCACCUUCACUCCACACCUCGGUCAGGCCGGUCACUUGCGAAUCCAUCGCGCAGAGACUGGCGAGCCAGCGCUUGGAGAACCAACUCACACUUACCACAUUCGCCUCCACUGUCCACAUUGCACUCGCACAUUUGGUCACUGCAUGGGUCUGUUAGGCCACAUGCGCGUCCACGAAAACAUGUGGUAG